AUGUCGAAGUAUCUUGAAAAAGGCGAAGAGGCAGAGGAUUUGGAGAAAGUGGAGGAAGAGGAGGAGUUCCACUCCGACGUGGAGGUGGAAGGCGAGGAGUACAUCCCUCCGGGUGGACUGUUCGUGCCCGGACUGUACUCGCCGCCCAACGAGUUUGCUAAGGCUAAUGGACUGGCUUAUUUCUUCCCGAAGAUAGUCCAAGAGGCGACGCCCAUCGAGUCUGAGCACCUGCCGCCGCACGUGCUCGUCAUUUUCAACAUCGACAAGCGCUACGACGUACAGGAGAUCAUGAUGCAGUACAAGGACGAGAUGCUCAAUUACGGCAUAUUCGUUGGAGAUGACCCCAACACAGCGGAACACAUAGCUUUCACUAUAAAGCAGUAUGACAAAAUGGAGCGAUUACGAAAGCACAAAGACCGUCUCGCCGUGAUGGUGUCCCGCAAGCGGAGUCUUCCACUCUUGCAGCUGGCAGGACUGAAUCCCUGCUACAUCAGCAGCGACGUGGAGUCGGGCGAGCGCGACUGCCUCACGAUGUUCCCGGUGGGGUAUGGUGACGAAUAUGAGGAGGAGGAGAGCGUUAAGGAGGAGGAGAUUGCUGAAACUGGGCCAGAACCUGAACCGGAGCCUCAGACGGAGGAAGCCGAAGAGCCCAAAGCAGCUGAUGAAGAAAAUGAAGAUGAUGAGGAGGAUUAGAUUUUACGGGAAUUUGUUUUCAUUG